GUUCUAGUAGGCACGCCAGUCUUCCAUAAUGACAAUCAAGAAUUUUUUGGUAACAGAAAAUUUUUGACAGUUUUUUAAACGGAAAUACGCUUCAGUAUAUAUUUUCCUUCUCUGAGGAAUCUUUUAUUUUCGAGUCGCUUAUAUUUUUACUCCAGCAUUGGGACAGGAUGCCGUGGAUUCCCUCAAACUCAGAUGCAAGACUACCGCGCAGUGCAAUUCUUGGUGGUCGGGAUGAGCACGGAAACUCUAUCUACAUUGGGCGAGCUUGGGUAAAUGGCGAGUUGGUUCCGUGUAACGUAAUACCAGCAAAGAAAUCCGCAAUUGCCAUUGCUUUAGCUGGAUCGAUUGAAGUUGUUGAAGACUACGAAGUUUUAUGUGGCGAUGUUUACUCCUGGAAGAAAGCCAGGAUGGGUGACGUACCCGGCGCAGCUUUGAUAGCUGGCCGAAGUAAAGGCGGAGAGGAACUAUAUAUUGGCCGCGCAGUUCAUGAAGGCGGCUUAUUCCCAGGAGUAAUUCAACCAUCACAAAAAAAUCUGCGCAUUGCUUUCGAGAACGAAGUAAUUCAAUAUGAAGAAUAUGACGUGCUUACUAUAAAGGCCUGCGACAAAAGUUGUGCCAGCUGUAAUAUCCUUUAAACCGCUUACAUUUAUCAACAUUUUAAUUGGAAGUUAGUCAAAUCUUUUGUUGCUUUCUACGUGACGUCAAAAUUACCGUACAUAUACACAGAUGUAACAACUGGCCUUCGUGACUUAAAACUGGAAGUAUAUGUCCAUUAAUUUA